CCCGUCGGGGAGCGCGCGGGCCGCAGCCGUUGGGUAUGGCCGCGGCGGCGGGGGGGCGGGGCGCACGGGUGUCCCGCGCCGCCGCUCGCCAACGGUCGGAGCAUCCCGGUGCUGGGGCUCGGUACUUCCCAUCAAGGUGGCUAUUCCCAUGAUGCUGUGGUCCAUGCAUUACAAAAAUGUGGCAUUCGUCAUAUUGACACAGCAAAAAGAUACAGCUGUGAAUCUCUCCUCCAAAAGGCUAUCAAAGAGAGCGAUGUGAAGCGAGAGGACCUCUGGAUAACUACCAAACUGUGGCAUAGUGAUUAUGGCUAUGAAAGCACAAAAAAAAGCCCGCUUAAUCAUGUUGAAAGACUUGGUGUUGAAUAUCUUGGUUUGUGUAGAUCAAUUGGUGUAAGCAACUUUCUUAUCAGUCAUCUUGAGCAACUAAAGGAAGACUGGAUUACUCCACAUGUUAAUCGGGUUGAAUACCACCCUUUCCAAAGACCUCAGGAACUGGUCAGUUAUUGUAGGAGCAGAGAUAUUGUUUUUGAAGGCUACUGUCCUUUAGCCAAAGGUGAAGUACUCACUCAUCCUAGUAUCAUUCAGCUGGCAAAGAAAUAUGGCAGAACCCCAGCACAGAUUUGCAUACGCUGGAAUAUACAGAAUGGGAUUGUCACUAUUCCAAAGUCCACAAAAGCAGAAAGGAUAGAGGAAAACUGCAAGGUGUUUGAUUUUACAAUAGCAGAAGACGAUGUUGAAAUUCUGAAUGGAAUGCAUGAUGGGAGACAUGUUUCCUGGGACUCAAGCCUUAUCGUGCGAAUGAAGGAAAUGGUUAUUUUACUUCUUCCCACCCUCCCCAUGUUACUGGUUUUUGAUUUUAGUCUGAGGGAAGAAGAUAUGGAAUUUUUGAACACUAUGAAUAUAAACAGAAAAUUAAUUCAUCUAACCUAUCCACUGUGCAAAGGAUAAUUUAAAACCAGAUUGUUCUAUACUGCAAAAGUGAUGCAACUGAAACAUUCAUUAAUUUUAAACAGAACAAUAAAUCUAACUUGUUUUCUUGGGUACUCAGAGUACCUAAUAAAUAUCAAUCAAAAAAAUGAGUAUCAAUGGCUUAUAUAUACUGUUAUGUUAACAAAUUAAUAAAAUCAUUUUGUUUA